GUUUUCGUAAUUUUAGGGUUAGUACUUAACCCUGGCGCGUUAUUUGCAUUUAGCGUAUCAAAUGACCUUCAGAUGGGUGAGUUCGUUCAGCCUUUAAACUGUGAUGCUUACAAGUCUACUAAGGAUGAUUGCAGACACUUUGGUUAUUUACUUUACAUGGGUUUGGUUUUGUUGUAUCUUCGGAUGAUUUUUGGGGAUUCAAAAUCGAGGUUUUCGUUGGAAAUCUGCGACUGUCGUAUAUGCUACAAAGGAAGCUGUCUUGGUCGUGUUCCUUACAACUCGGUGAUCGGAUUCAUCCUUGUACUUGUCGGAGGUGGUGUUUUAUGUGGUACAAUAUAUUCUGGAAUUUCACGUAUUGAUACAUACUUUCGACUUUAUUUUUUUCCUGUUUACUCUUUGCCGUAUUUAAGAAUAGCUGCUGUUGUAAACGGAGCUGUAGCUGUUCUAUUAGCUUUUCUAAUUCUAAUAUUUUCAACACUUGUGAAUAAUGCUACGCGAGGUCGUAUCUAUCGUGGUGACCGUUACAUUAUGGGUGGGCGUUGUUCAGCUGCUCUGUUUAUGUGCACCACAUAUGUAACCAUAGUAGUAUGGUUAAUAUUUUUGGCAUUCCUUGUUGUCCCUACAUUUUGUUGGGCAAUGUUUAAUUCCAUUUGUACUGCUGAAUUGGCUGAUGUAUGGCAUGGACCAGGUGCACGACGUCCUGGUCCUGAUGGUCGUGUCGCACCAUCUUUAUCAGAAUUAAGAGAUCGUAAAGAGUAUCUGGAGGAGACGUAUACAGCUCGUCUUGCCUACUAUUAUCAAAAUCUUAACCUUGGUUAUACACCAGCUGAACCUGAUACAGGUUUCAGAUCUCCAUUUCCAAAUCUGAGAAAUUCAGCUAACAUGCCGAAUUAUCGUAAUAAUCGAUAUUUUUCUCCUGAUUUCAACUAUAUUUUUAAUUUAACGCAUUAUGGUGUUUAUAUUAAACCAUGGAUGUAUGAUGAGUCAUUGAAUUAUCGUGAGGCUAUUACUUCAUUGGAUGAGUUUGCGAGAUUUUGUGAUGAAGUAAUGAUUGUGGGCCCAUUGUUUGCUUGUUCUCUGGGUGGCGCAGUUUUUGUUCUCCUUGGUCUGACACUAUUUAUUGGCUCAUUAUCAGCCUAUUAUACUCGGCUGAAGUUGACAAAGGAAUUAACUGAUUUCAAACAAAGUAUUGCAUUGAGAUCACCAAAGAAUCAUGAUCAAACAGCUUACUUUUGAAAUAAAAAGAAAAUAUAACUACAUACUCUAGUGUGUAUUGUAUAAGAAUCUCGGUGUGUUGUCUGCGAAGAGAGAAAGAACUGAUACUUUUGAUGAGUCAAUAUUUAUCAUCAUCAUCUCAGAAAAGUCAUUGUUGAUUGAAAAUUGGAGUAGUAUUCGUUAUUGCUGUUGUUACUGUUCUUAUUGUCAUUGUCAUUGUUGUCGUCGUCUCAGUUGUGUAUCAGUAGAGAAGGAGGAGGAGAAGAAGAAGACGGAGAAGAGUAAAACAAAUGAACACAUAUUACAAUCCACAUAAAUAUAUUUUUCGAUUUACAUACAUACAUGUUAUUUUUUGAUUUUAUUUUUAAAAUAGUAUGAAUUAUAAAACUGUUGCCUUUUUUCCCCAACAGUAUACGCGGUCAUACAUAAUCUUUCUCUCAUUCUGUGUAUGUGCGCGCGCGCGUUCCUUCGUCGUCUUUGCAUUUCAUCUGCUGUUUUCAAUUCAAUUCCUCUUUAUUUUUUUGUAAUUCUACUACUUCCAUUCACGGAUGUGUGUCUAUGCAGGUUUACGCAUUUCUGUAGACUAUGAUGACUUACUUGAGUAUUGUUCACAUUUUUACUCUAUUUCACUGUGUAUCUGGGAGCUCCUGUGUUUUUUUAGAAGAAAAACAAUCCUAAAUGUUACAUCAUACUUUAUGCUUUUUUUGGUUCAGCUUAAUUUGUAGGAUAUUCUACUUGUCAACUGCAACUAUUAAUAUGUAAAUUAUGAUUAAUUAUGGUACAAUACAACUAGUCAGUCAGUCAGUUAGUCAGUAAUUUUCUGAUUUCAUGAUAUUUGUAAUUCGGAUAUUAUUUUCUUUGACUCCGUCUAUUCCAUUUCUGUGUUAGCUCUCUUUUUUUUGUAAUCGUGUAACAAAUAUAUAAUUAUACAAUCAAUUAACCAAUAGUAAUAAUGAAUAAAAAAAAAAUUUCUGCCGAUGUAUCUACUCUUUUUUUAAGAAAAACGUUGGUAUACUACUUACAAUGAGUACUAGUAGUAGUAGUAAUAUGUGCAGAAUCUAACUGUUUUAUUUAUGCUACACACACAUACACACACUAAUCUGUCUGUCUCUAUAUUUUUGUAUAUUUUUAAUGCGUCCCUUUUGUUUUCCUUUUCUUGUUUCUUUUUGGAGUUUUAUCAUUCUCUUAUUUUUUUUCUUCUCAUAUAAUCUUAUACGUACUCAAUCAUCUUAUUAUAUACACUUUUGUUUGUUUGCUUGUUGUCUUUGUUUUCUCUGUCUGUCUUUUCAAGUUUUCCCCUUUUUGAAAUUCACUUUUUAUUCGCGCUUACACUUAUUUCUAUCUGUGUGUAUUUUGCAUUUCAUUGUGAUGGGUGUAUGGCACUGAUUAAUUAAUAUCGGAGCAUAAUUAUUAUUUUAAAAAGAUGCCUGUUACACAUUGUUAGCAGUCAUUUCGCUUUAUUUUCCUUUUUUAGGAAGGGUAAUGAUCUCAUAUUCUUAUAUAGUCGUUAUAUUAUUAUUAUUAUUACUAUUAUUAUUAUGAUCUAUUUGUCUUGAUAUAACUUUCUAUAUAUAUAACAGCUGACUAUGGAUUGAUAGUUGGAUGUGUUCUGUUGUGAGUCAUUAGUGUAAUCGGGAAUUCCUCUUUUCACUAUUGAAUUGUUAAGACAAAACAACUUAUAUAUAUGUGUAUAUGUAUUUAUGUAUGUAUACAUGUAUUUCGAUAUUCCGCAGUUAUUAUUAUUAUCAUCAUCACUGUUUAUUUUUGUUUCGAAUUUCAAUAUUUCUAUAUAUAAUAUCAAGAAAUUUUAUUGCAUUUUGUCUUUGCUG